ACAGAAACACCUACAUCUCUCUCUCCUCUUCAGUCCUCACUUCUCAUAUUAUCCCAUUGAGAUUUACUUCUCUUCAGCGAGUACAGCAGCAGCAGCAGCAGCAGUAGCAGCAGACAGAACACGCCUAAUAUGGCCUCCCCUUCUGCUCCCUCACUUUGCAUCACCACACUGCUUCUCGUGGUCGUUUCUUGGGCAACAUCUGCUUCCGCCCGCAACUUCUAUCAAGACUUCGACAUAACCUGGGGAGAUGGCCGAGCUCAGAUCCUCAACAAUGGCGACCUCCUCACUCUCUCCCUCGACAAGGCCUCCGGCUCUGGCUUCCAGUCCAAGAACGAGUACUUAUUUGGCAAGAUCGACAUGCAGCUAAAGCUCGUCCCCGGCAACUCCGCUGGCACCGUCACCGCAUACUAUUUAUCUUCAAACGGGUCAACGUGGGACGAGAUAGACUUCGAGUUCUUGGGGAACUUGAGCGGUGAUCCAUACAUUCUCCACACCAACGUGUUCAGCCAAGGCAAGGGUAACCGAGAGCAGCAAUUCUAUCUCUGGUUCGACCCAACUGCUGAUUUCCACACUUACUCCAUCCUCUGGAAUCCACAACGCAUCAUAUUCUCAGUAGAUGGGACUCCGAUCAGAGAGUUCAAGAAUGCAGAGUCCAUUGGCGUUCCCUUCCCCAAGGCACAGCCCAUGAGGAUAUUCUCGAGCCUCUGGAACGCAGACGACUGGGCAACCAGAGGCGGGCUCGUAAAGACAGACUGGACACAAGCGCCCUUCACUGCUUCAUACAGGAACUUCAAUGCCGAUAACACCUGCAUUUGGUCAUCUGGGUCAUCCUCUUGCACUUCAUCUUCAUCUUCUUCGGAUGGUAAUGCAUGGCUAUCAGAAGAGCUCGACUCAACAAGCCAAGAGAGGCUGAAGUGGGUGCAAAGCAACUACAUGAUCUACAACUACUGCACGGACGCCAAAAGAUUCCCCCAAGGCCUCCCUCGUGAGUGCGCCAUGUCCUAGACGACACAAGACAUUGAUUUUGUAGAAAAUUCUCCUCGUUUUUUCCUUUUCUUGAGCCAAUUCUAUUCAUUUGUUGAUCUCUCUCUCUCUCUCUCUAUGGGGUCGAGAAGCAAUAGAUAUUCUUUUAUUCUUUGACAUUUGUAACAUUCCUAUCUUUACUCAAUGAAACAAAAAAUCUUCUUGGAUUUCAUAGCA